CGGGAAAAGGUGACUUCACGCCGUUGUAUAUGGAUUAACGGUUCUGAACACAGAACAUGCUGCUGGAAGUGGAACACAGCUGACUGAUUUCUCAUGCCAUGGCAUUCCGGAGAUGUAUAAUGAUGACCUUAAAACCACAUAGGACUUUGACUUAUUCCUGUCUGGCCACAAUAAGGAGGCACCUCUCAGGGAUUAGCACGUGGGUCAAACUGGACACGAACUGCCUUACUACGAGAACGCGGUCAGUCUCUAUGUGUACAUGUACAAGCAAGCAGUUCCACCACACCACUACUCACCCUCAAAAAGGAAAAGCCACAGAUUCAGAUAUUUGGAACAUAUCUGGAUUUUAUCAAGAAGAGUUCCAAAGAAAAAUUUCUAAAUUAGAAGAACCUGAAUCAGAAGCAAAAUUCAGCCAUGUCCCGGUGAUGGUACAAGAAGUUGUGAAGCUUCUUCACCCUAAACAAGGCAAGCUAUUUAUAGACAUGACCUUUGGAGCUGGAGGUCACACAAAGGCCAUUUUGGAAGAAAAUCCUGAAGCUCAAGUAGUCUGUCUUGACAGAGACCCUCUUGCUUACAUCAAUGCUGAGGAACUUGCAAAAUCUUAUGGGCCUCAGCAGCUGCUGCCAUGUAUAGGGCAGUUUUCUGAGCUGCCAGGAAUUCUAAAGAAGCAUGGGAUUUCCCCGGGAUCGGUGGAUGGGAUUCUGUUUGAUGUGGGAGCGUCCUCAAUGCAGUAUGACCAGAGGGAGCGAGGAUUCUCACUAAGCAGGGAGGGACCACUGGAUAUGAGAAUGGACAAUGGCAGAAAUCCUGAUGGUAUUUCAGCUGCAGAUGUUGUCAAUCACUUGACUGGACAGGAACUUAAGCAUAUCAUUAAGAAAUAUGGAGAGGAUCCAUUGGCCAAUAAAAUCUCUCAUGCUAUUGUGUCUGCUCGUAAUGUCUCUGGAAGGAUCAGCACCACGAAGGAGCUUGCUGACAUCAUAGAAAAUGCUCUGGAUGGCACAAUUCAGAGGGAUAAACUGAGUCGUAAAAGUCAUGUGGCAACAAGGACAUUCCAAGCUCUACGAAUAUUUGUCAAUGAUGAACUGAACGAAAUAAACAAUGGACUCCAUGUGGCCUACCAUUACCUGCGACCCCACGGAGUCUGUGUGGGAAUUUCCUUCCAGUCGCUGGAAGAUAGGAUCUUCAAGAGACAUUUUCAUGGCAUUGACAUGGAAGAACCUAAAAACAUGACAUCAAAGCAGCAGGCUCGUGCCAUGAAGGAUGACCAUCAGAAAUACAGCAAGGAGCUGAUUCAGAAAUUGCUUAAGAAGCGAUGGAUUCCUGUGUGUAAGACUGCCAUGACCCCAACGAAUAGUGAAGUCAACGAGAAUCCACGCAGUAGAUCAGCCAAGCUUAGAGCUGCCAUUAAAGGACUGGAUAGUUAACAUCGGUGGACUCUAUAUAUGUAGUCGCCAAAACCAAAAAUAAUUCUGCUUCACUGUUCCUUGCUGACAUACGAGGGUCAAUCAAAAUAAAAUAAAGUGCUGUACAGUUUUAUUGCAACAAAAACAAGAAGUGUACAUGUAUUAUGUGGUUAUUUUUUUUUUAAAUAUCAUAACAUGUCACUUAAAGGAUGGUUAACUUUUGACUUUAAGUUUUUAAGAUGCAAAACAAAAUGAAAUCAAUUUUUGAAAAUGAAAUAAUUCAUUUUAGAAAUAGACUAUUAUUUAUACUUUAAAAGAGAACUGUUUCAUUUAAAUAUAAGUUGAAAUGAUCUUCAGAUUUGCCUGCUAUGUCAUUUUUCUCUUUACAAUUUAACAACACUUCUUUUGAUACACUACCAUAUCAUCUUAUCAUUUAUUAAAACCUAACAUCAUCAAUAAAAUCAUUUUAUAGAUUUUUUUUAAUGGUAUUG